AUGCAGAGACUCUCAAAUUUGAAUGUUAUAGUAGCUGCUACUAUAGAAAAUGGUAUUGGUCUUUCAAACUCUAAUAGCAUGCCUUGGAGACUCUCAAAUGAACUGAAAUUCUUUGCGAAAGUUACAUCAACCAAAUUAGAAACUCAAGAAGAUCCUAAUGUUGUUAUUAUGGGAAGAAAAGUAUGGGAUAGUAUUCCUCAGAAGUUUAAACCUCUCAGAAACAGACAAAAUGUCAUCUUAUCGCGGACUAACGAUCUUCAAAUAAACGAUAAUGUUAAACUUUUACAUAACGUGGAAUCCGCUAUAGCUUAUACGAAUGAGUCAAAAACACGCGUUUUUUGUAUAGGUGGUGCACAAAUUUACAAUCAAAUGAUACCAUACACAUCAAGAGUGUUCAUGACACGCGUGAAAUCACCUUCGUUUGAGGAGGCUGACGUAAAAUUUCCUGAACUCCGCGAUAACGAAUGGAGGAGAUGCACUCAUGAGGAUUUCGAGAAGUACGUUGGAUUUGAAGUACAAGAAGGUGACAUUGAAGAAAAUGGCGUUAUUUAUGAAUUUCAAAUGUAUGAAAGAGUAUCUCAAUAG